UGUGAACUACUUGCUACGGUUUGGGAGCUGAGAACAAUUCAAUACAUUAUUGAGAUAUUGGCGGAUUAAAAAAUAAAUAAAAUGACGAGUUCUGUCACUCACACCACUUCCAGGCAGAUUGAGACGAGAAUGAUGAAAGAAGAGCGAGAAUAUGACUACUUGUACGAUCCAGUUUACACCGUGUCAUCGGAGGUCGACCAUGCUAGAUCCAGUUUUAAAAGUUUUAAGGGUCAAGUUAUUAAAUUGCCAUCGUUUGAGUCCAUGUUCAGCAAUGAAAGGGUGACUUUCCGGCUGGACCCAAAAGGUGACCUGGUGCCGGCAUUUGUGGACCGUCGAUGGCGUGGACACACAGAACGACACCAGCAGGCCCUGCAACAACUGGCCGGGGUGAUCCCAAGUAUUCAGCCUUUGAUGAAAAGGGACGAGUGCCAGUUGAGUGGCGCUGAUCACUGGAAGUAUUAUAAAAGGCCUCAACUUCCAUAUGUGGAACAGAUUGCCUUGGAUGUGAAUCGUGAUGAUUAUCAAGAAGACUCUAGAGAAACUAGAGGUAGACCUACCACCCUGGACCCACCUACCCACUUCACAGUGGCGGUCCAGACAGACUACAGGGAGAGUGAAGCACAGACGGACCCCUUCACUCCUGACUAUGUCCUACAGUGUGGCACCAGCCCUUCAGAGCUGCUGACCUUGGCGUCUUUCACCUGGGCGCGUGGUCUGCCGGCCAGUAUAGAAGAAGUGGAAAUGAUCGAGCGAGCGAGGGCAAGGCGGGUCUAUGAGGAGAGAUUUCCUUCGCUUAAUGACGUCGAUCAGCUGCAUAAAAGGAGGCGUAUGAUGGAGAUAAUGGAGGCUAAAGAGUGGGCUUUCAGAGAAGGCAAAAUACAGAAGUUGCAGGACGCUCGUCUGGCCGUGUUGGGGGAGAUGUUGCAGCAGAGAGACCACGCCGAGGUGGCCUUCACCAAAGAGAGACUCAAUAAUAUUUACUCCAAACUUCUCAAAGAGAAGGAGACUAAGCUCCACAAGGUUGACAAGGACCACAUGAGAUCAAUGAGGAAGCUGGAGGCCAAGAGGAGAAACAUGGAGGCGAUUAUCAAGCAGCUUGGCACUUGUAAAGACUACAACAUUUACUCUUCUUUGACUAGUGCAUCACGAGCCUGCGGAGACAAAGUCAAGAAAAGUCAAAGUUAUGAAUUCAAACGCUUGGAGACUUACGACGGCUCGUUCAAUCAAGUGCACAAACCCGCCGACCCAUAUAAGCAGCAGAAGAAGUACGCCAAAGCCAAACUCAACAUGAGCAAAGUCAUCAUAAGGCCGCCCGAGAGCAGAAGAAGUUUUCUGUUACAGAAGUACAAGGACCUGAAGGAGGAGCUGGCUAAAUAUCUCGUCAAGAAGGAAAAGCCUGCUCCUCGUCCUGUUACCCCCACUGUGGAGGAACCCCCAGAGGGCGAGGAAGAGAAGGAGCUGGCAGUCAUCCAUCUGCAGAAACUACUGAGAGGAAGAAGCAUACAAACUGAGAUAUUUAACGACAAAGAAAACCACCUGGACCUUAUCAAGGAACUGAGAACCACACACGCCCUGAGAGCAAAGGAACAGAGGAUGAAGGAGGCCGACAAAGAACUGGUCUUGGCCCUCAAAGAGGAGCGAGAAAAGUGGCAACUUAAGAGGUCACGCGAAGAGGCUUCCCGUGCCGCAGCCGUGGGUGCCGAGCUGGAGUACGCCUUCGACACUUUGUCCAAGGAGCUGAUCCGUCUCCAGGAGGAGCGCCGCAUCCACGCCUUCACCCUGCUGGCCGAGAGGGAGCGUCUGCGCAGGGAGGCCGAGGAGAGCGGGAAGAGGCAGACCGAGGAGCGCAGACGACUGGAGGACGACGAGAUCUUCAGACAAGUGGUGCAGGUCCACCAGGAAACGGUGGACUUGUACUUUGAGGACGUCAUCUUGGACACCAUGGAGAUAACAGCAGACCAGCAGGCCAGAGAAGAGAUCCGCAGGGUGGCCAAGGAGGUCAAUGACAUCGCCUACGCCAUCGAGGAGAGCCGCAACAACCUUCAGUCAGAGGAGAUCGUGUCGGAAUUGGUGUACAGCUUCUUGAUCCCAGAAGUGGAGAAGAUCAGCGUCAGGCAGAGAGUGCAAGAGAGACAACGCAGACACCUGCUGGCGGUCCGCAGCAUCGUGGAGGGUCUGCCGCAGCCGCAGAUCCAGUCGAGCACGAUGGGCACGCCGCAGGUGACCCGCUUCUCUGAGGUGGCGGCCCAGAAAGCCUUGGACCAGAUGCUCGACCCGGAUCAGAGCGAGGACGUGGCCGAAUAACUGUCGCCCCUCUACGUACACUAGUUGAAGACUUGUAUCAAAAAUGAGGUAACAAAUAAUGCUCAUGUUUCAUGACACUGCUGGAGAUAUUCAUUUAACACGUUUAUUAAUAAGUCUUGUGAAUAGUUUCUGUUGCACAAUAAUAACUUUCACGCACUUCGACUUGCUUGCAUGACUCAAGAUUUAUCCGCUCUAAUCUUUUUUUCCCUGUGAGCCGACUUGUUCUCUCAAUUUUUCCACGUACUCUUGUUCUACUUAAAAUGUCACACCUGUAAACAUACAGUGGGUACUGAAAGUAUUUAAGCCCCUUUACACUUGUCACUUUGUUUCAUUGUAGCCGUUUGCUAAAAUCAAAAGUUAGAUUUCUCGUCAAUGUACAGUCAGCAACCCAUACAAAUUGAUUGCAAACUGAACUAUCACAUGGUCAUAAGUAUUCAGACCCUUUUGCUCAGUAUUGAGUGGAAGUACCUUUUGAGCAAGUGCAGCCUUACCAGUCUUCUUGGGAAUGGUGCAACACGUUUUUCACACCUGGAUUUGGGGAUCUUCUGCAAUUCUUCUUGCAGAUCCUCUCCAGUGUCUGUCAGGUCGGAUGAUAAAUGUUGGCGGACAACCAUUUUCAGGUCUCUACAGAGAUGCUCAAUUAAGUUUAGAAUUGAAUAGAAUAGAAUGGACUUUAUUGUCAUUAUAUUUGCAUAUAAUGAGAUUAAAGACUCCAAAUUAAGGUGCAGUAGUGGGAACAAAUAUGGGGUGAAAUAAAUAACACAAAAGGUAAUAAAGGAAAAAACUAACAAUUGAAAUAAACAGACUACUAUCCAAUAAAAAUAAUAAGCAAUCCUGUACAAUAGGGACGGCGUGGCGCAGUGGAAGAGUGGCCGUGCGCAACCCGAGGGUCGCUGGUUCAAUCCCCACCUAGUACCAACCUCGUCACGUCCGUUGUGUCCUGAGCAAGACACUUCACCCUUGCUCCUGAUGGGUGCUGGUUAGCACCUUGCAUGGCAGCUCCCUCCAUCAGUGUGUGAAUGUGUGUGUGAAUGGGUAAAUGUGGAAGUAGUGCCAAAGCGCUUUGAGUACCUUGAAGGUAGAAAAGCGCUAUACAAGUACAACCCAUUUAUCAUUUAAUAGGUCUGAGUUCUGGAUGAGCCUCUCAAGAAUGGUCACAAAGUUGUUAGGCCACUCUUUUGUUAUUUUUAGCUGUGUUUAAUAGGGCUGCGAAUCUUUGGGUGUCCCACGAUUCGAUUAAAUAUCGAUUCUUGGGGUCGCGAUUCGAUUAUUUAUCGGUUUUAUUUUUGUUCCGAUUCAACGCAAUUCUCGAUUCAAAAACGAUAUUUUUCCAAUUCAAAACGAUUCUGUAUUCAUUCAAUACAUAGGAUUUCAACACGAUCUACCCCAGUCUGCUGACAUGCUAGCAGAGUAGUAGAUUUAAAAAAAAAAAAGCUUUUAUAAUUGUAAAGGACAAUGUUUUAUCAACUGAUUGCAAUAAUGUAAAUUUGUAAAUAAUUCUGAAUUUCUGUUUUUUUCUGUCAAAAUGGGGUGUUUAGUGUACAUUAAUGAGUAAUAAAAUUAUUUUUUUUAUUUCAGCAAAUGGCUGCAAUGAAACAAAGACUGAAACAUUUAAAGGGAAUACUUUCCAUACCCAGUGUAGAUGAGUAAGUUUGAAUCAAUAAAAAAGAAAGACAUGUAGUAUGUAUUUUAGAUAUUUUUCACAGAAAGGCUUAGUAUUUUACCACAUUGUAAAAUUACCACAGAAUCAAAUGUACACAAUUAUUUUGUUUCUAUGACUACUGGUUUGCAACAAGUAGUCAUUGUGCACGGUGAAGUAGGAGGGACACCGCCCCCCAGUGGCCAAAGUACACAAUACAUUUAAAGUCUUUAAAACAGUUUUUGCAGACAUUUAUCCAAAUACAGCAUUUGGUGUAUUUUAGAACAAAGGGCAUUUUAAACAUUUUAUUCCUAAUUGAUUUAUUAGGACAAUUUAGUUAUGUUUGUUUUUUUAAAGCAAUUUUAAUAAUUAAAUUUGAUUAAUUUUUUUUUAGGGCAUUUAGUUUUUUUGAAGAUAAAAUCAGA